GAGACACGCCCACUAAGUAUAUCUGCUGUAUUUCUUCUCUCUAAGGUGACCAGACAACAACAGAGGAUCAUUUUAAACUGUUGUUUUAGUGGUCUCCACCCCUCUCCUCAGCAGGAUGAUAAACCCUGUCACUCUCUUCAUCACUCUUGCCUGUUUGAGAGAGCAGUGUUUAGAGAACCUGUCCUGUCCUGGACAAAUUGGACUUGCAGGGUGCUUGGUGUUGGAGUGUGGAAAAGCUCUGCCAACGUGUGUAAAAAAGACUAGUCAAGAAAUCGCAACAGAAAUGAAGAAAGAGAAUCCAUCAGCGUCUCCUGAAGCUCUGCGGCGUCAGGCUGAGGCCACUGUGCUGGAUGAUCUCAGUUCGGUUAUGUAUUGCCUCAGCAAGGCUGAUGAGAGCCUCAUCGACACCAUGUUGUGCUUUCUGGACGCUAUGCUGGGAAACUCACAGCAGCAGAACAACAGCAAAACGUCGUCCACCUUCAAGUCCAGCAAUUUAGGUUACAUUUCUUGCUGGAUGAAAAAAGUCACAACUAGAUUCUUCAGCUGCAUUGACCACUACGAUCUGGACACUCUGAUAACGCUGGAAAAAUAUUUCAAAGGCAGUCAAGACAUGAACAGCUGUGUAAUGGAGAAGUUUUCUUCCUUGGAUAAUAAAUGCAUCUCGGCAUCCAUGCGGCUUUACGGAAAAAAGUCGCUCACAGACUCUGAGACCUGGAAAGAAUUUGCUGACUGUGGUGUGAUGUGGAGCAACAUCUGGAGUGGAUGCAUGAAUAAGUCCUGGUAUCCUAACGGUGUCAGGAGGAGCAUCCCGACCGAGGCUAAAGAUAUGUGGGUCUGCAUCAUUGAUGAGGUCAUUUUAGCGACUGCGGAGUGUUGAUGACAACGAGGAAGUGACUCUCAUCUAAAACCAAUCAGAGAGCAGAUAAUCAUCUACUGACCGCCUGGAGCGUUGGGUUGAUUUUUUGGGGCUAGCUGAAACUUCUAAUUGUGUUUAUCUGUUCCGUUUUCUUUGUGCUGGUUUCUGGGUUUUCGUUUUUUUGUCUUCUGUUUUCUGUCCAUUUGUAAAUGAGGACUCGAUGUGUUUCCUGAGAUUUAAAUAAAUGAAAUAAAAAGG